AGAGAAAAGAGGGAGGAAAAAAAAGAGGAGGAGGGAAGGCAGAAGGAAGAGAAGCCUCGCCGGGCGUGGAGUUUUUGAAUCCUCCCUUCCCUGCCUCUCUCCUCUCCCCCCUCCCCUCCUUCCUGCGAUCCGUGAUGUUACAAAGCCCGUGAGCUGUGCUUUCCCCAUUCGCCUCCUGUCACUUCCUUCCUGGACGCUCUCAGGACGAGUCCGCUUACUUUUAAUCCGACCAGCAGCACGGGCACUUGCGCCUGCUGCACGCUUAGGGACACACACGACCGCCGCCGCCACCACCACCACCACCAGCAGCGCCACCAGCGCCACCACAGAGCUCCUGGCGGUUCAUUGGAUUGAUUUUCAAGGUUGUGUGUCUGUAUGCGCGCGCUGUUGUGCGCGCGCGCGCCCGUGUGCAUGUGUGGUUAAACGAGGCUGCGUGUUGGACCAGGUGGAGAACAUCUUACAAGGCUGGAAGAAUUAAAAGCUUUUUCCCUCCGUUCCUUUUCCUCCUCCUCCUCCUUCUCCUCCUCCUCCCCCCCCUGCUCUGUUCAAUCACUUCUCUUUCUCUCCCUUGUUUCUCAAGAAGAGGAAAAAAGAUCUCUCAAGGACUCGUCUGAUCAUCCAAACAUUUGCGAUGAACGGAUGCAGGGGUCUGUGAAUUGAAUUGUGUAAGUGCUGAAGAAGGAGUCUUGGUUUGAGGAAACAGGAAAGAGGAAGGAAAGAGAAGAAGAAAAUACAGAAGUGUAGGAACGAACGAAAGAAGAAAAACGGGGACUAUGGGGAGAAAAAAGAUUCAGAUCACGAGGAUAAUGGAUGAACGUAAUAGGCAGGUGACUUUUACGAAGAGGAAAUUUGGGUUAAUGAAGAAGGCUUAUGAGUUGAGUGUUCUAUGCGACUGUGAAAUUGCUCUCAUAAUAUUCAACAGCACCAAUAAACUUUUCCAGUAUGCCAGCACUGAUAUGGACAAGGUGUUGCUGAAGUAUACAGAAUACAAUGAGCCGCAUGAGAGUCGAACGAAUUCAGAUAUUGUCGAGACGUUGAGAAAGAAAGGACUUAAUGGGUGUGACAGUCCAGAUCCCGAUGCAGAUGAUUCAGUAGGUCACAGCCCUGAGUCUGAGGACAAGUACAGGAAAAUUAAUGAAGAUAUUGAUCUAAUGAUCAGCAGGCAAAGAUUAUGUGCUGUUCAACCACCUAACUUUGAGAUGCCAGUUUCUAUCCCAGUGUCCAACCACAACAGCUUGGUAUACAGCAACCCAGUUAGUUCAUUGGGUAACCCCAACCUUUUGCCUCUGGCCCACCCUUCCUUACAGCGGAAUAGCAUGUCUCCUGGGGUGACACAUAGACCACCAAGUGCAGGUAACACAGGUGGCCUGAUGGGUGGGGACCUCACAACCGGUGCAGGCACCAGUGCAGGGAAUGGGUAUGGCAACCCUAGGAACUCCCCAGGUCUGCUGGUCUCACCUGGCAACUUGAACAAGAAUAUGCAAGCAAAAUCACCACCACCCAUGAAUUUGGGAUUGAACAAUCGUAAACCAGACCUCCGAGUGCUGAUUCCACCGGGAAGCAAGAACACAAUGCCAUCUGUGUCUGAGGAUGUUGAUCUGCUUUUGAAUCAAAGGAUAAAUAACUCUCAGUCUGCUCAGUCAUUGGCUACUCCGGUGGUUUCCGUGGCAACUCCUACUUUACCAGGGCAAGGGAUGGGAGGAUACCCGUCAGCCAUUUCAACAACAUAUGGUACCGAGUAUUCGCUAAGUAGUGCAGAUUUGUCAUCAUUGUCUGGCUUUAACACAGCCAGUGCUCUCCACUUGGGUUCAGUAACUGGCUGGCAGCAGCAACAUCUACACAACAUGCCACCAUCUGCCCUCAGUCAAUUGGGAGCUUGCACUAGCACUCAUUUAUCUCAGAAUACAAAUCUCUCCCUGCCUUCUACUCAAAGCCUCAACAUCAAGUCCGAACCUGUUUCUCCUCCUAGAGACCGUACCACCACGCCAUCGAGAUAUCCACAGCACACGCGCCACGAGGCGGGAAGAUCUCCUGUUGACAGCUUGAGCAGCUGUAGUAGUUCCUACGAUGGAAGCGACAGGGAAGAUCACCGAAAUGAAUUCCACUCUCCCAUUGGACUCACCAGACCUUCGCCGGACGAAAGGGAAAGUCCCUCCGUGAAGCGCAUGCGGCUCUCUGAAGGAUGGGCAACAUGAUAACUUUACUAGCUAUUAGAGGUUUUUUUUUCCUUGCAGUGCGUGUGUGUGCUAUACCUUAAGGGGAAAGUGGGAGGGGGGUCAAUAUGCAUUAUAUGUGCUGUGUGUGGGGAGGGGGGGAAAGUCAGGUACUCUGUUUUGUAAAAGUACUUUUAAAUUGCCUCAGUGAUACCAUAUUAAAAAAGAUAAACAGCAAUGCUGAAGAGAUGCUUCGCACUUGAGUUGUACAACAGAUCACUUGUACAAAAUAGGUUUUAAGGUUAACUUCUUUUUACUGUUGUGCUCCCUUGCAAAAUGUAUGUUACAAUAGAUAGUGUCAUGUUGCAGGUUCAACGUUAUUUACAUGUAAAUAGCCAAAAACAGGGGGGAAAAAGAGGAGGCAUUUGCCCAAUCCUGGGCAAAUCUUUACUGAGAGAGAAAGUGGCUGUUAUGCAACAAAUAGAAAUUGUACAGAUGUUUUGGGAGACCCAGAAAUCGGGUGAUUAAGGAAAAAAGAAAAGAAGGAAAAUUUUACCUCACUUAGUGCAGGGGUCUCCAAUCUUGGCA